AUGUCCACAAAUACCCGCUACGGACUGUACGGCAGCCUCCGCAACGUGUGCAAGCAAACGCGUGCAGAAUUCGGGCCAAUGUACAUGGCCGAAACUGUCCAUGUUGUCCAUCAAGUCACGGCGAAUAGUUUUCUCUACUCGUUGUAUCCCGAAUUGAGGCAGCAAGAUGAACUUGCGAGCGAGCAACUCCAGUCAGGCUGCCAGACUGACAAGCAUCAUGCGUCAACUAGCGUCUCUGGCCUACAAGGCAACAUCCAAAUCAUCACGUACUUCGGCCUCGAAUACGACGCGACACCACUCAUGCAUCUUUGCGCAAAGAAUCCCGCUUUUAAAGUCAGCUUCACAGACGCCAGCGCGUGCCUCCGUCUCGGCUGCCUCGUCAACGACUUCUUCGCUACUAUCUCGUCCGGCGCUUUUCGUCCGCACCUGAAGCGUAUCCAAAGGAUUGCAAUCACGUGCAGCACUCGGCCUGAAAUCACCCUCAUCCUCCCGUGCUCGGUGGGAGAUGAUCUUAUGGCACUUUCCGGUGACCCACGGCAGGCAUUGAAUGAGAUGGGUGCACCGCCUAUGGACGCGUUUGCUGUCGUUCUCAAGGACGGCACUGGUAGGCUGUACGAGCACUCCGCACCGCGGGCUUGA